AGGUACGAUACGUACCUACUUCGGUUUGUACAUAAUAUGUACAGUAUUCGGAWCGUUCGGGAGGAUACUCCGAUUUUUUGACAAACCCAUCACAACACAGAACCGAGUGCGAAGCCGAUGAUCCUUAAUCCCAUUCCACCAUACUUUACCAGAACUGCAACCUAGGAUGGCUCGGCUCGGAAUUGGCACAGUGUUGGCAUGCAUUGGUUUCUGUUUCCUGGACGCGGAUCCCCUGCUCASGCUCGGUCAUGUCGCCGACGCCGUCCUGGUGGGGGGGAUUCUUCUCCCCCACGGAGACUUCGCGCUGGACCCAACCUUUUUCGCGGAGGGGACACCCCAGCGCGCCUCUGCCGAARAAGUGGCGCUAGGCUCCCGGGAGGCUGGUCGRUGGCUGGUGGAGCUGCACCGGGAGCAGCUCGAGAGACAACCACCGGGRGGCCGGUACCUUUCGUCCAAMGGAAAGAACAACAAACAACCCCUUGUUGUCCUGCUGACCACACCCCACGGGAUCAAGCUCGACUACGACUACGGUGUCUACGCGRGUUCGAGGGGCAGAGGAAGUGCAACGAUCGGUAGGGACUGCCUGAGCUACCACCCCUAUCCCGAUUCAGAUUCCACCAACAACACMUGCUUGCACAAACCGUACAACGUCACCCUGGACAACGUUUCGCUGGCCCCACAGGUCAUGGCCGAGGACCUGGUGGACACCCUGCGUCGCUCGGAGAAGAGGCAUCCCRUGUCGGCCAUCUACGGCUUCGACGAGGGCUCUCCCCUUCCGCUCGGCUGGGGAGAGAUCGUUCCCCUCUCCCUGCUGCCGGGCGAAGUGCUCGAUUCAGCACCGCUGCUGCCGCUGGUGUGGACCUUUCCGCACCGCCGGUACGACCAAUCGACGGAGAUGGUACCCGAGCUCCUGGAUGUCGGCGCCGAUCUGGCGGAAUGGGCCGCGGGCCGGCCCGAACCGAUCGCGGUGGUCGUUUCCGGAGACCUGUCCCACACCCACCUGGCAGAGGGCCCCUAGGGUAUUCCGCGGCAAGCGAAGAAUACGACACCGCAAUCGGGAUGUGGGCCGGCGAGAGCAGCGGUAGUACCAUCAGUAGCAAUAUCAAUAGCGGCAAAGGCCCACCCCUGCGUUCGGAUCCGUGCGAUCCUGGGCAUGCCGCUGCCCUCCUGGGACGGGCCAAAGAAAUGCAACCGAUGGCAAAGUCCUGUGGUUUUACCGGGUACGUGCUGUGGCACGGAAUGAUGUGCCGACCGGCGAGAGAUGCCGCUUCGGCUUCCUCAAACGGCGCAGGAGCCGGUGGCGGCGGCAAGAAUCUCCGCGAKAACGGCAUCGAGGCGGCAAGGACGUUUCGCUCGGGGGUGCUGGCGAACCGGAACGCGACGUACUACGGAAUGAUCGCCGCRGUGUUCCAACCAGACCAUAGUUGGGACAGCAAGAGAACGUUUGGCUAGAUGGCCGCUGGAACGCAGCGAGGAAGUAGUUGGUAACGGUCGAUGGCUGGAGCUGAGUUUGAGGAGAGGACGACUGAUGGUAUUCACAAAAAAGAGGACGGUCCUUGUGUGACUGUCCACAAAAACUAGGCAGGACAGGAAAAGACAAAACAAUAUUCCUGGACAAAGCAUACCAUGCAGAAGURWUCGUCAUGACAAGAUGCGGAGCUCUCAAUACUACGGAUGGAAACUGUAYUGCAAKGAGAUAUAGAACACAGAAGGCUAGAAUCAAUGAAAGACAACAUG